AUGGUGGACGCUUUGGGCGUGACUGGUGUAGAAGGUGUCUUCCGCAAAGCUGCCGAGAUCACUAUGGGGAUAUUGAGAAACAAUAGCGAUUCCUUGAUGAGUGUGCUUGAAGCCUUCGUUCAUGAUCCUUUGAUCGAAUGGAUAAAAAUUGGACGAAGCAAAUCCGAAAGAGACAUCAAAGCCUCGGCUGACAGAAACCUCAAACCUAUCAAAUCGAAACUCCGAGGUAUCAUGGAAGAAGGUACGGUUCUGUCUGUACCUAGUCAAGUUGAAGCAUUGAUCAAAGAAGCGACAAGUCUCACAAACUUAUCCGCAAUGUAUAUAGGUUGGGCACCAUGGUUGUAA